UCUUGGAUAUGUCAACUCCUCAAAUAAAAUCAAAAUUGGUUCAAACCUUUGGAAGAAAGAAGAAUGCUGUCGCAAGUGCAAGUGUUAGAGAAGGAAAGGGUACUGUCAUACAAUAAAAUAAGGUUUGGUUAGAGUGAAUGGAGCUCCAAUUGAAUUAGUCAAUCCAGCCCCAUUGAGAUAAAAGGCUCUCGAACCAUUAUUACUUCUUGGUUAAGUCAGAACAGGCAGAUUGGAUAUCAGAGUCACAGUUAGAGGUGGAGGAAGCACUGCUUAAAUUUAUGCCAUUAGAUAGGUAGAAUUAGCAAUCUUAAAUAUUACUUAGGCCAUCAGCAAAGGUAUCGUUGCUUACUAUCAAAAAUACAUUGAUGAAACUUAAAAGAGAGAAAUCAAAGAUCUCUUAUUAUAAUAUGAUAGAACACUUUUGGUUGCUGAUCCAAGAAGAUGUGAGCCAAGAAAAUUCGGUGGUAAGGGUGCUAGAGCCAGAAGAUAAAAGAGUUACAGAUGAAAAUUUUAUAUCAUAG